UUGCGGUGCGCACCAAAGCUGAUGAUGCUUGGCUGAUGUUUGAUUCAGCUUUUAAGGUAGGCAAUCAGGGUCGAAGCUCGCUCUCCAAUGCAUGUGGACUUGGGACAGUCAUUUUAGAUAGCAUUUCUCAAUCUUUGUAUCAAUCAAUUAAAUACACGCAUUCAUUUGAAAAUGGUGACUUUAUUGCAUCGACGUGCGUCGGCGCUGCUGCUUGCGUGGGGUUAUUGUAUUUUGGCUGAGACAACUUUUUCUAACAUCACUCUGGAUAACGAGGUACACUCCAGCUUCAUCCAGCGCCGUCUGAGGAGCCAGGAGCGCCGGGAGAUGCAGCGGGAAAUCCUCUCCAUCCUGGGGCUGCCCCACCGGCCCCGACCGCACAUCUACACCAAACAAAACGCAGCCCCGAUGUUCAUGCUGGAUUUGUACAACGCUAUUUCCACCGACAGACAACAGCCCGCAGGCUUUUCAUAUUAUAAACCCGUCUUCACGACCCAGGGGCCCCGGAUGGUGACCCAGCAAGACAGCAUUUUCCUCAAUGACGCGGAUAUGGUGAUGAGCUUUGUCAAUCUUGUUGAGCUGGAUCAGGACGUCCUGUCUUCUCGGCACAACAGGGAAUUCCGCUUUGACUUGUCCCGGAUCCCAGAGGGAGAAGCUGUCUCCACUGCAGAGUUCAGAAUCUACAAGGACUACAUCAGAGAACACUAUGAGAACGAGACCUUCCAUGUGAGUGUGUACCAGGUGCUACAGGAGCUCCCUGACAGUGAGGAGGAUCUGCUCCUGCUGGACACGCGGGUGGUGUGGGCUAUAGAGGAAGGCUGGCUGGUGUUUGACAUUACAGGCACCAGUAACCAGUGGGUGGUGAACCUGGACCAGAACCUGGGCCUGCUGCUGGCUCUGGAGAGCAUGGACGGCCAGAGUGUGAACCCCAGGCUAGUGGGGCUGGUGGGGGGCAGUGGGCCACAGGACAAGCAGCCCUUCAUGGUGGCCUUCUUUAAGGCAACCGAGGUUCGCCUCCGCAGCAUCCGCUCUGCCCACGGCCACAAGGGGCGCAACCCCAACCGCUCUAAAAACCCCAAGAAUGCCCAGGACGCACUGAAGGUUGCUGAGGCUGCAGCAGAGAACCUCAGCACAGACCCGAAACAGGGCUGUAAGAAGCAUGAGCUGUAUGUCAGCUUCAGAGAUCUGGGAUGGCAGGACUGGAUCAUUGCACCCGAGGGCUAUGCAGCGUACUACUGCCAGGGCGAAUGCGCCUUUCCCCUCAACUCCUACAUGAACGCCACCAAUCAUGCCAUUGUGCAGACUCUGGUCCACUUCAUAAACCCAGAGACAGUGCCCAAACCCUGCUGUGCCCCCACCCAGCUCCACGGCAUCUCAGUCCUCUACUUUGACGACAGCUCCAAUGUCAUUCUGAAGAAGUACCGGAACAUGGUGGUCAGAGCCUGCGGCUGUCACUGACCGCCAUCAGACUUCCUCUUCUCAGGAUACACUGGGGCUAGUGGAGGAAGAUGAGGAAGAGGAGGAAAUGGGGAUUAUGCAGGAAAACUCAUUUAUUGCCUGAUCUAUAGGGACCUGCUGCUUCAGGACUGGCAGGAAGACCAACUGCCUGUAUUAUUGGCUGCAAACUGACAAGUACUAGCAAUAUUGCCCUAGCAGUAGAGACAUACUGCCCUAGCCCAACUGCAAAGAAGAUCUUUGGCAUCUGGAUGGUCUCCACUACAUGGUGCAUUAAAGGUAGGGACAAGGCUGCUCGUCUAGAGACUGCAGAAUAAGUCCCAGUCAGUACCAUGGAUGAAUGAAACAUCACAGACACUGAACUGUCAUCCAUUUAUUUUUAAGCUAAUUUUACUUAAGUGAACAAAGAAAGGAAAGUAUUUAUGAAUACUUAAAGAUAGCCCCCUGGACAGAGGCAUGAGACUCAAAUGAAAUGCUAAAGAUGCUCAAAAACGGAGCAAAAUUGAGAAUUGAGCAAUUGCUUGUUUAUCCAUGAGUAGACAUUUUAAGAUGUGUCUUUGAACAAGAUAAAUCAUGUUUGGACUUGAGUUCUGCUGUGUGCACUCAGCGCCUCUGUGUAAAACGAUUGCUGAAUACAUUUUUUGCAUCUGAUAGCAUUAAACGGUCUCUAAAAACGUG